AAUUUCCCCUUCUGGCCCUCGCGAUCCAGGCACCACGACACCCAUUCCUUACCCAUUCCUCACCCUCAUCAUCGCGCUACUGUUGCUCACCAUUCCAUAAUUUCUAUGCUUUUGUAGGCAGGAAUACCUUAGACUUCGAGCAAUCCGCAAGGAACCUGAGAUAAGGAGUGAGCAAUUUGGAGUGAAGCAGGGGAUUCAGGACGUGUAAUCAACAUUUUAUUUUAUUUUAUUUUAUUUUUUUACAGUGUGUGGUUGAGCAGGGAUUGUUUUAUUGGUUGGAAACAUGGCGGCAACUUUGGGAUGCAACACAGCACACGUCCUGUAUAAUGCACCAGUUGCUGGGAACAGGACUGUAGGAGAGCCAUCUACUUCUUCAAUCUUCAGGUUGCCCUUGCGUCGGCGAAGGGGAGAUGGCGGGAGCAAGAAGCUGUCGUUGAAGCUUUCUGGAAGACGAGUAGUGAACGUCGGUCCGUUGCUGGCGCGUGCUUCAUUGCCCAGUGAAGGGGACAAGAUUGUAGAACUCGCAUCUGAGAAGGCUGUUGAGUCUGGUCAGCAGUUUGAGCAGGACGCUAAGAAGCUUUCUAACGGGCACAGCCCUGCAGAGUUGGAUGCGCAGGUGGAUGACGCCUCCGAUGCUGCCUCAUUGGACAACAAUGUUCGGGAGAAAGCUGUCGACGUUGCGUCUGACAUGGCAGUGGACUCAUCCGAAGAUGUCGAUGCUCUUGCAAAAAAAGACGCUGAACCUUUCGCUGCGGAAUAUGGUCGGAGUAUUGAGGAGGCUGCGGAAGGGUUGGAAACUAAAGCUGCAGAAAUCAGCGAGAGAGAAGCCAAGAAAGAGUCGGGGACCACUUUGGAAUCUAGAGCUGACUCUGCUCCUUUCUUCAAAGACCAGGUGAUCAAGGAGAAGGUGUUGGACGUGGCGUCCUCCUCUGCGAUAGAUGAAGGGCCCGAAGUCCAAGAGACGGCCCAGAGGGAUGCGUCAGACAUGACCAACAAGGUUGGUGGAGAUUUGAGGCGCAACAAGGUGACAAUCGUAGGAAUGGCCGACGCAGCUUCAAAGCUGGAGGGUGAUAGGUCUGGCAGUGAUAGGUCUGGGGUGACAAAAGAGGCGAAGGAGAAAACAAAUGAGGUUCGCCAAAACAUUGGUGGCCAGCUGGAAGGAUUGUCAAGGACCAUCUCUAAAAACCUGAAGGAAGGGAUAGAUUCGAGUCGGCCAACCAUCGAGGAACUGUCCAGGAAAGCAGAGGAAGGUGUGAAGGCAGGGCGAGAGAAUUUAGAUUACGCGGCUGAGGGUGCGUCGGAGCUAAGUGGGGAUGCGCGGGAGGCUUUAGAUGGUGCGAAGGGAGUUCUUGACAAGAGACUCAAGGUGAUCAACUUAGCUGCUGAAGAAGCACGCGAGACAGGGUCUAUGGUUGCGGAGCUUGCGGCCAAGGGGUGGGAUGCAUUGACGAAGACAACCGAGAGGAUUGUAGAUAAUUUCCAGAAAAACAUCGGUGAUGCCAAAGAAACGGCACAGGAGAAAACUCGUGAGGCUCAACAGAAGGCUCAAGAAACCGCAGAACAGGCUCAGAGGACGUUCGGUGAAGUGAAGGAGAAUGUGGAAGCCAAGUCUGCCGAGCUCACGGAAACUGCUCAAGAGAAAGCGAAGCUGGCAAGACAGAAGGCAGAAGAAUCCGUAAGCAACGCCCAGAGUAAAUUUGAUGAAGACAAGGGAGAUGUGCAAACGAGGGCAACCGAGUUCAAGGACACGGCUCAGGAGAAGGCGAGUGAGGCAAGACAGAGGGCCGAAGAAACUGCCGACAAGGCUCAGGACAAAGCCAGCGAAGUCAAAGACAACGUGCAAUCCAAGACGGGCGAGCUAAAAGUUGCAGCUCAGGAGAAAUCUGAGGAGGCAGCACGAAGAGCCGAAGACACUACAGAGAGCGCGAAAUCCAAGGCAGGUGAGCUGAAGGACACUGCCCAGGAGAAAGCCGGAGAGGCAAAACAAAGCGCCAAGGAAACGGCAGACCGAGCCCGGGACCAGUUCGACGAGACCAAGGACACGGUGCAAUCCAAGACGGACGAGUUGAAGAACACGGCUCAGGAGAAGGCUUCGGAAUCCAAGGCGAAACUAGAAGACACUGCAGUGGAGGCGAAAACCAAGACGGAGGAGCUGUCCGCAUCGGCCAAGCAGAGAGCAGGCAAUGCGCAACAGGACGUCGAGUCCAAAGCCGGACAAGCAAAGGACGCAGGCUCCUCGGUGGUGGAUUCAGGGGAGAAGUCCAUCUCCAAUGUGGCGAACAAAAUGAAUGGCAACGGCAACCACGAAUCAUCAACAACAGCCACGGGAACUGCAGUUGGGAGUACUCCGGGCUGGGAUUCUGUGCAGAAGACGGGCUCCACGAACGGCAACAAUAGUGAAUCUAAAUCUCACGUCGAGUCCGCUGUUGGCAAAACUCCGGGCUCAGAAGCUUCUGCUCGAUACGAGGACUCGGGCAAAGUAAACGACGAGUGGAAAGGGAAGUCGAAUUGAAACCCUAAACCAUGUGAAUCUGUACACUAAGUGUGCGCUUAGCGAUCUUCUUCUUCUUCGAAAAGUUUAGUCCCCUCGUUUGAGCGCCCCAGUUUCUAGAGGUUUUGGUAUCAGAGAGAUGAGUUGCUUGAUGUAAGAUUUUGGUGAAACUUUCGUGAAUAUAGUUUAAGCAUUCUGUAAU